AUGCCGCGGCCGGGGAAGAGCUCGUACAGCGACCAAAAACCGCCCUACUCUUACAUCUCGCUGACCGCCAUGGCAAUCCAGCACUCGGCCGAGAAAAUGCUGCCGCUGAGCGACAUCUACAAGUUCAUCAUGGAGCGCUUCCCCUACUACCGCGAGCACACACAGCGCUGGCAGAACAGCCUGCGCCACAACCUCUCCUUCAACGACUGCUUCAUCAAGAUUCCGCGGAGGCCCGACCAGCCUGGCAAGGGUAGCUUCUGGGCGCUGCACCCCGACUGCGGGGACAUGUUCGAGAACGGCAGCUUCCUGCGGCGUCGCAAGCGCUUCAAGGUGCUGCGCGCCGACCAUACUCACCUGCACGCCGGAAGCACCAAGGGCGCGCCGGGCGCCGGUCCGGGAGGGCACCUUCACCCCCAUCACCACCACCACUCCCACCACCACCAUCAUCACCACGCUGCCGCACACCACCACCAUCACCACCACCCACCCCAGCCGCCGCCUCCGCCGCCCCCUCCGCCGCCGCACAUGGUACACUAUUUCCACCAGCAACCGCCUACUGCUCCGCAGCCGCCUCCGCACCUCCCGUCACAGCCCCUGCAGCAACCGCCCCAGCAGUCGCAGCCUCAGCAGCCGUCUCACUCCGGCAAGAUGCAGGAGGCGGCGGCCGUGGCGGCGGCGGCGGCGGCGGCCGCGGCAGCCGCAGUGGGCAGCGUGGGACGCCUGUCUCAGUUCCCACCCUACGGGCUGGGCUCGGCCGCCGCCGCUGCCGCCGCGGCCGCGGCGUCCACAUCAGGCUUCAAGCACCCCUUUGCCAUUGAGAACAUUAUUGGCCGGGACUACAAGGGCGUGCUGCAGGCUGGAGGGCUGCCCUUGGCGUCCGUCAUGCACCACCUGGGCUACCCCGUGCCCAGCCAGCUUGGCAACGUCGUCAGCUCCGUGUGGCCGCACGUUGGCGUCAUGGAUUCGGUGGCCGCCGCCGCGGCCGCCGCAGCCGCAGCCGGAGUCCCUGUAGGCCCGGAAUAUGGGGCCUUUGGGGUCCCGGUCAAGGCCCUGUGCCACUCGGCAAGCCAGAGCCUGCCUGCCGUGCCGGUGCCCAUCAAGCCCACGCCUGCGCUGCCGCCCGUGUCCGCGCUGCAGCCGGGGCUCACUGUCCCCGCGGCUUCGCAGCAGCCUCCGGCGCCAUCCACCGUGUGCUCCGCGGCCGCGGCCUCGCCCGUUGCCUCUCUGCUGGAGCCCACAGCCCCUACCGCGGCCGAGAGCAAGGGCAGCUCCUUGCACUCGGUGCUAGUGCACUCCUAG